CAGGCCCGAGUCUUAGGCUCCACCCCGCCCCCAGUCUGACUGUCCUCUCCGGCGGAACCUGACCAACCAUGGUGAAUUUGGGCCUGUCUCGAGUGGAUUACGCAGUGGCCGCCAAGCACCCGGGGCUCGAGGAAUAUGCCGCGUGCCAGUCAAACGCCUUCAUGAAGGGCGUUUUCACCUUUGUCACAGGCACUGGUGUGACUUUCGGCCUGCAGCUGUUCAUUAAGCGGAAGUUUGCAUACCCCGUGCAGUGGAGCUUGCUGGUGUCUGCUAUUGUAGGAUCUGUGGCCAGCUACAAAGUGACAAAAACGGAGUCUCAGAAAUGCAGAGAUCUCUGGAUCUUCCUGGAGACAGGUCGACUCCCCAAAGACAUGAACACAGAUCAUCACAACUAGACGAGCUCUGGCUGCUUAGGGUGUGGAGGAUCUGAAGAGGGGAAUCCUGGAACACAGACUGCGAACUAACUCCAGGCUGGUCCUUCCUACCUCGCCAAACACAUGCACACACGCUCUUGAGUAUCACCUGUCCCCCACAAGUGUGUUUAGGCAGGCCUGCCUGACAACCAAUUCUAGGACUCGCCCAGGAGUUCAGCUCAGAAAAGGGCUUGGAAGACAAGUGGUGGGGGUGGGGUGGGGGGGUAUCCUCCAGAGCAGCAAGAAGUCAGGGUCUCAGAGAGGGUUGUAUCCUGUUGCUCACAGCUGUGGGGGCAGCAGCCUGCACGUGGCGAGAGAGACUUCUCUAUUUUCUCUGGUGCUUUGGGUUCCCUCUUCUGACCUCUAUGCCCCGAGUCGAAGGAGAAUUGCGGAAGGUUCUAACUAAUAAACGGCUUGUCCUUUUCC